CUAUGUUUGAGUGGCCCUGAUUGACAUGUGGUAGCUUGCUUACCCAGAGGAAGGUAUUGAGGACUGAACUGGAUGUAGUUUGGCUGUGGCUCAAUAGAGGGAGUAGAGGAGCUGAGUGAGGGCAAGCGAAAGAACGUGUCUGGUUAAGUGAGUGUUGUGUGUGCGCACCAGGAGGAGGAGGGGCAGGCUGGGGGUGGUUGCCUCCAGCUGCUCCACCCUCACUUUGUCAGCAGGUAGAGAGCGUGAUUGCAGUCCCAGGGGGGAGAGUCAGAGCUAGAACACCAAUUACAAACCACAGGCUUCCUGCUCUAGGGAGUUGAUCCAGAAUUGUCUUUCUGGAAGGGAAGCACUCGAAUCCUUCGGAACUUUCCAAGUCCAUCCAUGAUUCAGAGACAUUGCCUUCACCCUCUGGGUUUUCUGUGUUUCUGGUAGUGAAUUGUUGCUGAUGCAUUUGCUACUUCUUUUCUCUUUCAAGAUUUGAUCGUUUUAUAUGCUGUUCGGAGAGGAAAAGAACCUUUGUUAGAAAGAUUUCAGAAAUAACUUUGGACCUUCUCUAAGUGAUUUUAGAGUUCUUGGGGACAGUAGCUCUCAUCCUGGAGUAAGUUUCUGCCUUUGACCUGCAUGGAUUAUUUUUUCAGGCUGUGGAAUUUCUCGGCACCUACCUGUAGUGUGGGGCACUUGGUUUGGUUGCAGAGUAAGAAGGUGGAAGAAUGAGCUGUAUUUGGUUAAGCAGUUGAAACCUUUUAUGAGCAGGAUCUGUAAAAGCAUAAUUGAAUUUGUUUCACCCCCCGUGGAUUCCAGUGGGCCCGACAGCGCAACAGGUUUGCAGAUUUCUUUUGAAAUUCUAUUUUUCCCCUCCCUCUGCCUCAGCAAAAGAAAAAACAAUCUGUAUAACAGGUUCACCUUCAAUUGCUUGGCUUUUCAACAUUUAUUAUGAAGACUUUAAAAGAUUCUAAACUUGACCUUGGAGCACAGCGGGUUUUGUGAGUGAAGUGCAUUUAUACUUAUUUAAGAGUGCACAUUUAAAAUUUUUAUUCUGUGUUUGUACAGAGACCCAAAUUCUCCUAUGUGUCUAGAAAUAGCAGAGAUCUGCUCUACUCAGGCUUAUUUGUAUUUUUUCAGGGUUUUCUAUUUAGAGCCUGUGACUGGUCAUCUCACUGCUCCCCCUGUCUUUUAUUCUCCACCCCCUCAAGGAAUUUGAAACGUGUUAGGAAUAGUCCUUUGUUUUUCUUAUGAAUCUAAAAAAAUUACCGAUUAUAAGAUCUGGCUAUUAAAACAGUUUCCAAAAGCAUUUCAUGGGAAAUCAAAGUGCUUGGUAUUCUCAAGCUGGAGAAAAAAUCUGGAAUUCCUAGGCAAGAAAGGAAAAUGGAGAUAGAAAUAAUGAAUUUUAGCUGGGAAAAAUAACUGGGACGUUAACUUUUUCAAGUAUUUUAAUUAUGACAGUUGGAAAGAUUAUGAUGCUCAGGAUUAUACUAUAACAUGUGAAGAUAUAUAAAUUAGCUCCUGAUUUAUAGGCAACUUUUGGUAGAACACAAAAAAAUAUAGUAUGUCUUAAGUUCAUGGAAAGUAUGUAAAUUCAGUGGGCCUAGAACUUUGGCUACAUUGAAAUACAGUCUAAUGUGGAAACUUCUAAAUACAUGAUGUAGCAUCUUUGGACAUCCCUCAAAGUGUGGUCUGAAAUUUUUAUUACAUUCUUUCUUUUCCCCUGUUAAGAAAAAUUCUCCUUGUGGUCUUUAGUCAUUUACCAUUAAGAAAUUCUGUGGCUUGAAAAGGGUCAUCUCUUCAUUUUCUGAGCUGGAGUUGUUCACUCUCACCUUUGAUGCAUGGCCUUAGCUGUUUACUUUGCCUUGUUUUGUCCAUGAACAUUGGAUUUAGUGCCUGGCAACUUGAUGCAUAUGGAAGAGCAACACCAAGUGAUCUGACCUAAUAAAAAUUCACGAUGUGACUUUCAGUCUCAAGCAAAGUUGGAAAUUCCAAAGAGAAGCGGUGAUAUCUUUACUAGUCAGAGCAAAGAUGGGAGAAAAUGACAUACCGGCAGCAGAAGUGGGCUGAAAACCCCCUCUUCUCUGCCCAACCAGGAAUGCCACCUGUUCUUGGAAAUAUACUUUAGAGAAAGAAAGGGCCAAAAGUACUACUUGCCUUUCUGAAACUGAAGCAUAAAUUCUCUUUUCUUCCAUUUGUCUGGAUCCAAUAACCUGCAUUUGGUACUAGCUGGUGGAAGCAGUAUGUAUGGCCAAAGUGCUUUGCUGCAGCUGGUAGCAUGAGUGCUGGCCACCAGCUGCAGCUGGCUGCCCUCUGGCCCUGGCUGCUGAUGGCUACCCUGCAGGCAGGCUUUGGACGCACGGGACUGGUACUGGCGGCAGCGGUGGAGUCUGAAAGAUCAGCAGAGCAGAAAGCUAUUAUCAAAGUGAUACCCUUGAAAAUGGACCCCACAGGAAAACUGAAUCUCACUUUGGAAGGUGUGUUUGCUGGUGUUGCUGAGAUAACUCCAGCAGAAGGAAAAUUAAUGCAGUCCCAUCCUCUGUACUUGUGCAAUGCCAGUGAUGAUGAUAACCUGGAACCUGGAUUCAUCAGCAUCGUCAAGCUGGAGAGUCCCCGACGGGCCCCACGUCCCUGCCUGUCCCUGGCCAGCAAGGCGCGGAUGGCGGGUGAGCGAGGAGCCAGCGCCGUCCUCUUUGACAUCACUGAGGACCGAGCUGCCGCCGAGCAGCUGCAGCAGCCCCUGGGGCUAACUUGGCCAGUGGUGUUGAUCUGGGGUAAUGAUGCGGAGAAGCUGAUGGAAUUUGUGUACAAGAACCGAAAGGCCCAUGUGAGGAUCGAGCUGAAGGAGCCCCCGGCCUGGCCAGAUUAUGAUGUGUGGAUCCUCCUGACAGUGGUGGGUACCAUCUUUGUGGUCAUCUUGGCUUCAGUGCUGCGCAUCCGGUGCCGUCCCUGCCACAGCAGGCCGGAUCCCCUGCAGCAGCGAACAGCCUGGGCCAUCAGCCAGCUGGCCACCAGGACGUACCAGGCCAACUGCAGGAGGGCCCAUGUGGAGCAGCCAGACUCAGGUAGCAGCUGCAGCUCUGCCCCUGUGUGUGCCAUCUGUCUGGAGGAGUUCUCUGAGGGCCAGGAGUUACGGGUCAUUUCCUGCCUCCAUGAGUUUCAUCGUACCUGUGUGGACCCCUGGCUAUAUCAGCACCGGACUUGCCCCCUCUGCAUGUUCAACAUCGUAGAAGGAGAUUCAUUUUCCCAGCCCCUGGGACCCUCUCGAUCUUACCAAGAACCAGGUCGGAGACUCCAUCUCAUUCGUCAGCAUCCUGGCCACGCUCACUACCACUUUCCUGCUACCUACCUGUUGGGCCCUUCUCGGAGUGCAAUGGCUCAGCCCCCACGACCUGGUCCUUUUCUGCCAUCUCAGGAGCCAGGCAUGGGCGCUCGGCACCACCGCCUCCCCAGAGCUGCACAUUCCCGGGUUCCAGGUGAACAGCAACGCCUGGCAGUGGCCCAGCACCCCUUUGCACAGGCCUGGGGGCUAAGCCGCCACCAGUGUACCUCCCAGCACCCCACAACUUGCCCGGUGCCCCUGCGCCGGGCCAGACCUCAUGAUAGCAGUGGGUCUGGAGAAAGUUAUUGCACGGAACGCAGUGGAUACCUGGCAGAUGGGCCAGCAAGUGACUCCAGCUCAGGACCCUGUCAUGGCUCUUCCAGUGACUCAGUGGUCAACUGCACAGACAUCAGCCUUCAAGGCAUCCAUGGCAGCAGUUCUACUUUCCGCAGCUCCCUGAGCAGUGACUUUGACCCCUUGGUGUACUGCAGCCCUGAAAGGGAUCCGCAGGGGGAGGAGACGCAGCCUCGCAUAACCUCUCGGCCCCGUUCCUUGGACUCGGUGGUGCCCAUAGGGGAAGCUGAGGUUUCCAGCCAUGUCCACUACCACCGGCACCGGCACCACCACUACAAAAAGCGGUUUCGGUGGCAUGGCAGGAAGCCUGGCCCAGAAACUGGGGUCCAGCACUCCAGGCCUGCUGUUCCUCGGACACAGCCCCAGCCAGAGCCACCUUCUUCUGAUCAGCAAGUCAUCAGGUCCAACUCAGCAGCCCCUUCUGGAGAGCUCUCCAACCCACUAUGGCCCACGGCCCUCCCUGAGCUCCCUGACCCAACCGAAGCCUCCAGCCCCUGUCCCAAUCCUAGCAGUCCCUUCAGCUUGCAGAAAUCCACCCUCUCUGUCCGACACCCACAGAGGAAACGGCGGGGGGGUCUUUCAGAGCCCACUCCAGCCUCUCAGCCCCAGGACUUGACUGUGCACCCAAGUUGCCAGAUUUUUCCCCAUUAUAGCCCCAGCCUGGCAUAUUCCUGGUCUCCAGAGGCUCACCCCUUGAUCUUUGGACCUCCAGGCCUGGACAGGAGGCUGAUACCAGAAACUUCAGUCCCCUGUUACUCAAAUUCACAGCCAGUGUGGUUGUGUCUGACUCCACGCAGGCCCCUCGGACCACACCCACGUGGGGAGGGACCUUCUGAAUGGAGUUCUGACAAUCCUAAGGGCAGACCAUGCCCUUAUCCACACUGCCAGGUGCUGCCAGCCCAGCCUGGCUCAGAGGAGGAGCUCGAGGAGCUGUGUGAACAGGCUGUGUGAGAUGUUCCGGUCAAGUUUCAACCAAGAAUCUGCUCUGGAUGACUCUGGGGCCUACCUGGUACAGAGUCCCACGCCUGGAAGAAGAAAGGACCCUGGCAAACACCCCUUUUUUCCGCCACAUUUCCUGGAAGCAAUGAAAGAGGAGUGGUGAUGGUGGGGGAUGGGAGGUGCUGUUUCCUGCUCCCAGUUUCAGACCUUGUCUGCAGAACACAUCUGCAGUACAACAACUCUGUGUGCAGCCAGGCAACCAGCUACAGCCUGCGUGCAUGUGUGGGCUAGAUCCCCUGAAGGCUGAGUGUUUUCAGGGCAGACAGCUUGAUAGGGAUAGCUAGGUAUGACAGAGGUAUUGCUCCUUCUCCCAGUCCUACAAGGUCUCCCUGUCCCAGGCUUUCAUGUUCAUACCAGCCAACGGGUUCAGCAGAACGCAUGACCCUUUAUUACCUGCUUCCCCAGCAGAGCGUUGGCCCCUCCACAGUAAAGCUGCUACAUCAGGGGCAACUCUGGCUCUAUCAUUUUCCUUCUUUGUCAAAAGGACCGGGAGUGUAGGUGAGCCCUGAGCCUUAAAAAAGAGGGCUCUCUGAAGCUUUUUCAGGCAGUGUCUGCCCUGGUGCAUAAUGGAGGAUGUUUCUCCUUUCUUGUCCUUAAAUGGUUCUUAAAUUGUCAGAGCCACUAUAUUAAGUCAAAAUAAAACUUGACUUAUUAAGACUGGCCUCUGGGAAGCCAGGAUGUGGAGUUCUAAACCUGAGGUGGGUUCAGCACCUUGAAGGACCCAGAAUGAAGCCACUGAUCUUCAAAUUCCCUGUGACUCCAGCACCUGGAGUUCCUCUGGGGGUUGGGAAUAGGGAUAGUGGGUAGGGAAAAAAAAUCUUCCUUGAAGGUCUCCUGUCUCAAAGUCCCAAAGGAGAGAAUGUCUGCUGGAGUUCAUCUGGGAAGAGAAAGGAUGGAGUGAAGGUAGAAAAAGCAGAAUUAUAGCUGAGCAGAGACAAAGGCUUUUUCUCUAAAAGUUUUGUUUCAGAGCAGGGAUGGAGAACAGAGGAAAAGCAAAGUGUGACUCUUGGGUUUGGAGGGCUCAGAAGCCCAGCUCCCCCAGUAUAAGCCACACAGGCCAGGGCCCCACAGGAUGGUGUGUAUGCCAGAGUAUAGUUGGGCAGGGAGUCUAGGCCAAGCAGCUUAUACCAAGUGGGCAAGGGCUAAGGGGCCUCCCGAGGAUGACACUCACCCCAGGGCAGCCUGACUAUUGCUGGUCCCUCAGGCAUUAUCUCAUUUGGAAUGUGAAUGUGGGGGCAGAGAGGACACACACAAGAUCCCACUUGGGAACCUUCUUCCCUUAGUCAGUGGGGAGAAUAGCACCUAGGCACCCACAUGGGUAUUUAUAUCUGAACCAGACAGAAAGACGCUUGAAUCAGGCACUAUGUUGAAAAAUGUAUUUAUUUGCUAAUAUAUUUAUCCAUAAAUGCAA